CUGCUGGCCACCCUUGGGUGCACGAGACAACGCCCAACUGAGCCACACCAGCCAGGCCACUCCCCCAUACUUCUGGAAGCUGCCUCUGGGCCACUAAGGUUUCUUGCAGUGCAGCACUGGGUGCAUGAGCACUCCUGGGAGCAGUUUCUCCUGCCAGGGCUGGGGGCCAGAGGUGCCUUCUCAGAGCGCUGUAGGUGUGGGCUCUAGCCACGUAGCCCUGCAGUUUCCUUUCCCUCCCUCGGCCUGUUUUCUGCAGGGGGAUGGCGUGUUUCAUGAGAAGAUCCUGUACGAAUGCCUGUGUUUAGUUGUCGCUGUGUGUCUGAGCUCUGAUGUGGAGCUGUACUGGCCAGAGCAUGGCCUCCCCUCUUUGGGUCUAAGGAAAAGGCAUGGCCGCUGUCUCCACUGAGCGAAGCACUGGAGAGGGAGAGUUUGCCACCAUGGCCUCAGGCCACAUGUGUGGGCCCAGCAAGUGAGAGCAUGAAUGCCACCAACAGCUCUCAUCUUAAGUUUCUCUGUCUCUGACUGGCUAAGGAGCAGUUUAGGAACGUGACUUGUACUCAGAGGAUCUGGGUGUCUCCCCUUUAAAGUCUGUGUAUGGAUCAGGAGAAAGGCACAAGGCCAGUGGUUCUGGGGCAGCCAACCCCUGUGGGGAUGGUCAGAGGGAGGCCUGAUGGUGUCCAUUUUCUUCCAUUUGUUCGUCAACAAGAGCUGGGAUUCCCUUCUGAACCACCAUGUGGCCACAUCGCAGGGUCUGACCUGCAGCUCUUUGUUUCCUGGACCCAGUUACCUGCUAGAUGCCCACCACCUUGAGGACAGGAACCUUGUCCAGGACGCUGCUAGUCAGGUCCCAUCCCCCCCCUACAGCUCUGGGAGCUACGAUUCCAUCAAGACCGAGGUCAGUGGCUGCCCUGAGGACCUGACUGUGGGCCGGGCUCCCACAGCAGAUGACGAUGACGAUGACCAUGACGACCACGAGGACAAUGACAAGAUGAACGACUCUGAGGGCAUGGACCCUGAGCGUCUCAAGGCCUUCAACAUGUUUGUGCGUCUCUUUGUGGACGAGAACCUGGACCGCAUGGUGCCCAUUUCCAAGCAGCCCAAGGAGAAGAUCCAGGCCAUCAUCGAGUCCUGCAGCCGGCAGUUCCCCGAGUUCCAGGAGCGGGCCCGCAAGCGCAUCCGCACCUACCUCAAGUCCUGCCGGCGCAUGAAGAAGAACGGCAUGGAGAUGACCAGACCCACCCCUCCCCACCUGACCUCGGCCAUGGCAGAAAACAUCCUGGCAGCUGCCUGUGAGAGCGAGACGAGAAAAGCAGCCAAAAGGAUGCGCCUGGAGAUCUACCAGUCCUCCCAGGACGAGCCCAUAGCCCUGGACAAGCAGCACUCCCGGGACUCCGCAGCCAUCACCCACUCCACCUACUCACUGCCAGCCUCCUCCUACUCCCAGGACCCCGUGUAUGUCAAUGGUGGCCUCAACUACAGUUACCGAGGUUAUGGGGCCUUGGGCAGCAACCUGCAGCCCCCUGCCUCCCUGCAAACAGGAAAUCACAGUAAUGGGCCCACGGACCUCAGCAUGAAAGGUGGGGCCUCCACCACCUCCACCACGCCCACACCCACGCCCUCCAGCAACAGCACCAGCAGGACCAUGCCCACCGCCCAGCUCAGCCCUACAGAGAUCAGUGCUGUGCGGCAGCUCAUCGCUGGCUACCGAGAGUCUGCUGCCUUCCUUCUGCGCUCAGCAGAUGAACUGGAAAACCUCAUUUUACAGCAGAACUGACCCCAGCGGCACCUGGAGUGCACUACCCUAGGGAAGGAGGCUGUCCUGGCCCAGACCCAGCUUCCUGCCUCACCAGUUGGUACAUUUCGUUUUUUGAAAGAGGUGGGAUCCAAGAGAGCUGUUUCUAGCCACACUCCAAGCACCUGAGACUUUGGGCACAAGGACACUUUUUUUUGGAAUCUCACCACACGGGUGCUCUGACCUGCUUGGAAGAGGCCAGUGGGGCAGCUUUGGAAGGGCUGGGCUCCCUUGACAGGGCACUGGGGCCACGGCUCUAUUUAGUAUCAUCUUUGUGGACCCUGAUGUUAGAAUCCCACUCCCAGAUAAUUACCUUUCAAGUCUUAGGUGAGCAAAAUUGCAUAUUUAUUGAGAAAAACAAAGUGGACCCUUUCUUCCUCUCCCCUUAGUAAUUUAUUUUUCUGAAAAUGGAUUCUUUUGUGUUUGUACAGAUUGCCAGUCUGUGUCUGUCUGAUCAGAAGGAUGUCUCCCUGUAACCUAACAUUCCAUAUCACUACACUGGCGUGGGCGGGGGGCCAGCAGGGCAGGGUUGUGGUGGGACAGGCGCCAGGCGCGCUGUCCCUCUGAGUGCCCAGCACACCAAGCAGGAGGACCUCACCCACACCCACUGCAAAGCAAAGACAAACACACGGCUCUCCCCAACCAAACCAAUUCCACAGAAGCCCCAGCCAUGGCCACCUGUAUUCUACCUCACACUCCGGCAGGGCUUUCUCCAGGAUGUGCCCUGAACCUGUUCUGAAUGGCUAUCUCCCAACUCCCCCACACAGUGUGUCUGCCUGGGAGGUAAGUCCAGAUGGGUGGCAGGAGCAGCCGGAGCCUACAGAGGGCCCCAGCCCUCCAAGCUGCAAGACAGGACAGAGCACUGGGAGAUGGCAGCCAGUCAGUAGGGUCCUGGCCCUCACCCUGCCCCCAGGGAGUCAGGUUGAACAUUUCUCCGCACAGACCCAGGGCCCUCAGAUACCUGCUGGGAAAAGCCCAUUUCUUCAGGGUGAGCCCCCAGCCGACAGGCAGCCACUGAACAGGAAAGACAGCUGUGAGCUCCUGGGCCGGCUCUGUCUCUGUCCCCUGUCCCCAUGGUUGAAAUUAAGGGACCAUCAACAACUGGAGUAGCCACUUGGGUCCUCCUAAGACCAGCCCUUCUUCUGGAGGGACCAGUCCUAGAAAAAAGCUAUAAUCCCUGGAGUGUGAAAAGAGACAAAGAGAAAAGGCUGGCCUGGUUUCCUUCCUCCCGAUAGGCACUUCCUCUUGCUCAGUGCAAUACCUACCAGUGCUGCUAAAACCAGGGAUUCGCCCAGACCUCAGAAGGCCCACGAGGCCUCUCCAUGCAACACUCCGUAGCCAUGACAGCAGCCCUCUGCUGCCCGCCCCUGCCCAGAGCUGGCAGAAGCCCUCUGUUGCCUUUCCUCCCUCAGAGCAAAGAGGCCCCAGGGGAGCCAGGGCUGAGUGGACCCUAGGACGGCCACUGAGAACGGCCUGACCCCAGAAUAGGUAUCCCUUCUCAAACCAGCUCCUCUGCAGCUGUGGCAGACCACCCUCAGGAGGGCCGGGGAUGGGGCUCCAACGUGGGUGUCCCACCCUGCCUCAGGUCCAGAAACUGAAAGGCAGGUGCCCCACUCCGUGCCUACUUCCAGCCCCUAGAGGUUGGGGGUGGUCUUUUAUCUCUCAAGUGGCCUCCAACACCCUAUCCCACCACACCACCUCUGCCUUGCACCUGACCCAUCCCCAGGCCUCCGGUCGGGGCCAGGAUACCUGAGACCCCCUUAGCACAGCACAAACUCCAGUGCCCAAGGCCUCUCCCACACCCAGCCAUCCACAUGCCCAUCCUCUACCUGCUCAGUACACUCCCUGACGUUUGAAUUUGUGUAAAUAUUUAUUUUUGUGUGUGAACAAUAUUACAAAGUAAUCAGUAGAUCUUUUGCAAAAUGUUACCCCAGGCAAUUUGUGAAAUCUUAAUGUUAAAAACUGGCAGAGACAAUCGCCGCCUUAGAAUUCAUGGUAUCAAUUGCUUAACGUCAUUUCUCCUCCCAGAGGCAGUGCCCAAGCCAGGCAUGAACAGUUUGCUUUUAACAGACAGGAGUGAGGAGGACUGGGGAAGGGGCUCCUGCCACCACCACACAAGGGAUUAGACCUAAAGAUCACAUAAGCUACAGUUUGAAGUCACAUUUUUCUGAGUUCAGGCUGCUCUAACUCUGACCACCUUCAGCCGACCUAAUACUGCGGUAAGAGCUGAGGUUCAAUGUGUGUUAAAAAGAACACCAGUGGCACUAGUCCACAGGGGCUCCCAGAAGCUCCUCCAGGACGGAUUCUGAAGGGGGGUCCUUCCCAAUGGAGCUACACCAGAAGCCCUGGAGAUGGCAGCAUUAGGAGCAAGUUACUAUGCGGAAACAGGAUUCCAUUAGCUAGUUCAGUCAGGGGGCAUGUUCUGUUUGGCUUUUGUUUUAAAAGAUGCAGCUUCAACCCCACCCCUCUCCUCCUGACUUGGGAGAGCACCCAAGAGCUGGUUCUGCUGAACCUCGCUUCUGUCCCACCAUCACCCCAGGGACAGCCUUCUCCCAAAGCCCUGCCCCACAACCAGUUAAAAUUCUUAUGGAGGGAGGGCCUCAGCACAAAUUAGUCAUUUGGAAUCCAAAGUAAAAGGUGAUUCGAAUGGAACACACCAAUUCCAGAGUCUUUGCAGGGGCCUAAUCCUGAGAGAAGGGAAGGGCAGAAUCCAGAGAAUGGGGAUUGGUCUUCGUGGCGGGUCAUCUAGUAAACCAGAAAUCGUGUAGCGCAUCUAAAACUCAUUUACCCUUACCACGCGUACAAACAGACAGCGUACAUCCAAGAACAGCAUGGAAGGGGGCAGGCAAGGGGCUAGGAGGGUUUUAGAGGACUUCAGACAGGUGGAAGCCAGCCAUCCCUAUUCCCGAGGGCCACUUACGACUCCAGGGGUGGUUACUGGAUUAACUACCAGUUCAUUUUCAAAAUGCUGCUUUGAACUCAGAGGGUUGAUACAUUUAAUUUGUAAUUUUUUGUAAAACUUUUUACAAGAUAGUAAAGUAUUUCACCAGAAUACCAGUUUCAAUCCGUCCAUGGUCUGAUUUUUAUAUAAUUUAGUGGUGCUUUAGAAACUUUGUUUUUGUUGUUUCUGGGCUAAACAGCUCAAUCUUUUUUCGCCUGUAUCUACCUAAGACCAAUGUGAACCUUUGUAUUUUUGCUCCUAAUUUUGGACUCAGUGAAAGUGUACUGUUUACAUGUACAGAUGCCCCAGUCCCUGUGUGUUCUGCAAGACUCGCUCUUGAGGAGGAAGGUGCACCUCACUAAGCUCAUCUGCUUAGCAAAGCCACAAACAAAAACCUCUCACUUUUUACCUAUGUUUCCACCUAAAGACAAAAAACUUACACCACACAGUACUACUCAGAUUUACUGAAACACUUUUCUAAGCCAGAAAAAUCUCUGUGCAGCAGAUGGCCCGAAUUCAUCUGUCUACAUGUGGUCCAUUUAGAAGCAGGCUCAGAACAGAGACCUCCCGUGGCCAUUGGUGGGUGACUGCACGGACAGAUGAAAAGUGAAAGCAGGACGUGGCUGCAGAGCUGUGGGAUAGAUACAAUUCUCCAAGCAGCCUGGGAAUGGGAAGACUCGUGACCAGGGUCAAGCCAUCCAGGAUUUAGGGACAACCCACAGUCAUCAGUCCUCUGGCAUAAUUCAGACAGGUUUUGGAAGAGCGCGAGUUCCCUACCUGGGCAAGAUUUUAAGAGUCUCCAGUGCAGAUGGCACGAGCAUUUCUUCAGGGUUCCCCUGGAGGUAGCUGGUACAUGAGGCAUCACCUCUGGGGAGGAGAGGGAUCCAGAUGGUAAGCAUAUGGCACUUAAGGCAAACAGUGGAUGGCACCAACUUUUAAAGGUGACUCUUUAUUACUUAAUCAAUGGCUUCACCUCUAAAUUAUAUUUUUACAGAUAUGCACCUAUGCAACUUAACGUGGCUCUUCUAAGCAGGUGAGAACUUCCUCUUCAAUGCUCUAUAAAAAUUCUUUGUGUUCUAUAUAGUGAGUUUUUCCAGUAAAUGUGGCUUAAUAUUUUAAUUCUUAGACUGUGUCUUCUCUAUGUGAUGCAACUAAAUUCUGUUUUGUUUGUGGAAUGACUAGCACAGGCCAACUCCCUCUCCCCUCACUUAACAAAAGACCAAUGAGCUGUUAAUCGAGCUGUUAUCUCCAUGGUAUUACUUGCUAAAUGCACUGAUUUCAUAAGUAUGUGGAAUCCUUCUUCUUUUGAAUCUGUAUAUCAUAUAUAAGACUGAAUCUACUUAAUAAACACUGAAUAACAAACUGAA